UCUUUACGGAAGAGCACUUGAACGUCUUUCUGACAAGAAAUAGUUGAUGAAGCGGAAAAUUCCCUCAAGAAGCAAAUGCUAUGUUGCUUAAGGUAAUAAUAUUUUACGCUUCAAUAAAUGCAAUUUUUGGCGAUGAAAGUUCCAAUACGGCUGAUCCUUUUGACAAGGAUGAAAUUGAAACUGAUCAAAUGGAUGAAAUUGAAGACAUCACUAAGGAACCAACCCCGCUUCCAAGUGUUUCUAUUUCAUCACUACAAAACACUGAAACAGGAACUGAUUCUCCUAGUAAUACUGCUUUAAAAACUGUAUCAGUGAACCCACCAAGAUUAAAUAUUCCCUGCAAUGACAGCAAAGAAUUAGUAGUGACAACAAAUGUGACUGCUGUUAUUAUUGACAUGAACCAGCUGAAUUCCAGUAACAUGGCAUACGAUAAUUCAGGCAAGUUAAAUAUUACUGGGAAUUCGGUCCAUCAUGGAAUUGCAAAUGGAAAUUGGGUAGGCUUCACAAACAAUGAAAUGGGAUACGGCAGACCUGGUUCUUUUAUGUUCAUGAAAGGAAGUUCAAAUUUUGGAGGAAAUCAAAAUUUACUAGGAUUUCCUCAAAGGAAUUAUGGAUUAUGGAAAGGCUCACCUUAUAGAGGAACAAGUAAUACUGAAUCAGUUAAUCAGGAUAAAAUAUUUGGGAAUGCUUUCCCAAUUACUAAAGGUAUUUCGUUUCAUGGAGAUGGAUUUCAGCCCUACAUUCCUGGAAUUCAUGAACAUUUGCGAGGUGAUAUAUAUUCGGCAGAUGGUUCUGAAGUAUAUGCUUUCACAGGCUUUGGGUUUGGUUCUGAAUUUCCAACUUCUCAAGUACAUUUCGUGGGCAAAUGGAUUCCAAUACAUAGCCCAAGACCCAAUGCAUUCAGUGGUCAUACAUUCGGUAACUGGAAAUCUGUGAAUUAUGGACACAUGUUUAGAAAUAUGCAUCCGAUGUAUAUUUCGAGACAACAUCCAUCUAACAAUUUCGAAUUUGGCAAAACUGGGAAUUUUAAAGGUCAUAAUUUUGGUGGGAAUCAUUUUAUGAUGAAUUAGAACUAGCAUUUCUCUGCACCAUUUUAGUAAUAAAGAUAAGAGAAAAUAGUGAUAUAAUAUAGAUGUAAGUUUAGGAAGUUUCAUCAGAGGAAGAAUUGCUUUAUUGUUAAGGACUUAGGAGUCAGUAAUUCAUAAUUAUAAUACAACGCAUUAUCAAUCUGCAUUUACUCUUGAA